GGCAACAACACCCAGAUUUCAAAAAGGUUGUUGAAGAAAAAUGGAGCGAGAUGGAGGUGGAGGGGUUUGCAGGGUAUAAAUGCCAGCAAAAGCUAAAGCUGUUAAAGGAGUUUUAAAGGGAUGGAACAAGGAAGUAUUUGGGAACAUGGAAGCUCUGUAUGGGCAGGCCGUGAAAAAGGUAGAGCAGGUUGACAUGCAGAAUGAGGUAUCAGAUUUAGAAGAAGCUGAGAUAGUUAAAAGGCAAGAAGGCUUCUCUGAGAUGUGGGACUGUAUAAGAAAGAGGGAACUUAUCUGGAAGCAGAAGUCAAGGAAUAAAUGGGUGCGUGAGGGUGAUGCGAAUACCCGCUUCUUCCAUAUAGUGGCUAUCGGGAGAAGGGCGCACAAUAAUAUAGCAGGCUUAAUGUGCGAGGGGGUGUGGUGUGAAGAGCCAGAUGCAGUUAAAAAUGAGAGUGCCAAAUAUUUUAGAAAGUUGUUUCAAGGAGAUUCAUGGAAUAGACCCAAGCCUGCGGAUCUUAAAUUUCAGCAGAUCUCGGAGGAGAAAAAAGAAUGGCUUGAAAGACCAUUUUCGGUUGAAGAAAUAGAGGAAGGCUUGAGGAGCUGUGAUGGUUCAAAGGCACCGGGGCCGGAUGGGUUCAACUUCAACUUUCUAAAAUUUGCGUGGCACUGCAUAAAGGAGGACUUCAUCAAUUUUUUCUCUGAAUUCCAUCGGAAUGGUAAAUUGGUGAGGGGACUGAACUCUUCUUUUAUAGCUUUAAUUCCUAAGAAAUUGAAUGCUGUCGAACUAAAGGACUUUAGACCCAUUAGCUUGAUUGGCUGUGUCUACAAAUUAUUAGCGAAGGUGCUGGCUAAUAGAUUGAAAUCUGUGAUAUCAGAAAUAGUGAAUGACACCCAAUCUGCUUUUGUGGGGGGUCGUCAGUUGGUGGAUAGUGUUUUGGUGUUGAAUGAAGUAGUGGAUGAGGUUAAGAAGAGGAAAAAGCCAGCUUUUGUGUUUAAGGCAGAUUUUGAAAAGGCAUACGAUUGCGUAGAUUGGUCCUUCUUGGAUUGGAUGUUGGAGAGAUGUGGUUUUGGAACGAAAUGGAGAGGUUGGAUUACGGAAUGUCUUUCAACCGCAAGAAUUUCGGUUCUAGUAAAUGGGAGCCCGACAAGGGAAUUUGAGGUAGGUAAAGGAUUACGUCAAGGUGAUCCUUUAUCUCCUUUUCUCUUUUUGUUGAUUUCAGAGGGGUUACAAGGUUUAGUACAGAGAGCAGUAACGGAGGGAAUGUUACAUGGGAUUGAGAUUGGAAAGCAAGGGAUGACCAUGUCUUUACUCCAGUUCGCAGACGAUACAAUUAUUAUGGGUAGAGCGGACGCUGAGAACAUACGUAUGGUGAAGGACGUCUUAAAAUGGUUUGAGCUUAUGUCAGGCUUGAGGAUAAAUUUUAGAAAGAGCAGUGUCUUUGGGUAUAAUGUGUCGGAGAAAUGGCUAAGAGGAUCAGCGGGAAUGUUACAUUGUGGGGUUGGCCGAGCACCUUUCCUUUAUUUGGGAUUGCCCGUUGAUGAUAUCACUGCGAUUGAGUGUGCGAGGACAUCAAAGCUUUGGAGGGAUAUUAUUAGGAUAGGGGGUCAGUCUUUGAAACAUAGGAAUUUGCUGGCUGAGGGUUUCAAGUGGGAGGUGGGUGAGGGUAAAAAAGUGGCCUUUUGGCAUGAGUGGUGGGUUGGAGAUAAAAAUCUUAGGGAUUUAUUUCCAAGGUUAUUUGAGUUAUCAGUGAAGAAGGAAGGAAAGAUUUUCGAAAUGGGUUUUUGGGAAGAGGGUAAAUGGGUUUGGAAGGUUGAGUGGAGGAGGGGAACAAUAGGGCGUGAGAAAAAUGAGGAGGAACUGCUGGAGAAGAUGCUGGAGGGCGUUCAUCUAAAGGAGGGGGUGGGGGAUGUUUGGAAAUGGAUCCAUGAGAUGGAAGGCAAAUAUGUUGUAAAAAUAGUAUAUGACCUUCUAGCAUCUACGGAGUGUGUUUUAGAGGACUAGAUGCGCAAAUUAAUAUGGUGCAGUUGG